CAAUCUUGCAGCGGGGCUUUUUCGCUCUUUCCUCCAGCCGGCGGAGGAAGCCUCGGCCGCCCCCCCGGUCCUCCCCCCCCCAUCUCUUUUCCCACACCGCCUCCACUCCCGCACGCUCCCCUAUUCUCCUUCCAGGCUCCCUCCCUCGGACACGCAUCCUCAGCCCCCCCAUUCAGACGUGCAUCCAGGAGCGAAGGAGGCGCAAGCUGGAAACGGAUUUUUUUUUCUUUAUUGUUGUGGCUGGUCUUGUUCCCGUCUCCUUUUUUUUUUUUCUCGGAUUCCCAUUUCCUUUUUUUUCCCUUCCAAAAAAGAAAACGAAGGCUCCCUUUCGUCUCCUGCUUCCUGCUGCUGGAUCUGUCUUUCUUUGCGAUAUGGAUUGGACCCUCUGAAAGAAAGGAAAGACCCUAAAAGACCCUUCCCGAACGCGCCCUAUUCUACAAAAGAGAGAGACGUCGGGAGAAAAGGGGAGAAAAAACAUUGAAGUUGCCAACCGGGAUUUUAAAAAAAUCUCUUUGUGCUCAAAGGCGUUGCAAAAAAAAAAUUUUUUUGAACAAAAAUAUAUAUUAUUUUUUUAAUAUAAACGGCAGCCUUUCCCACCCUUUCCCCACCCUGGUUUGUAUGUUGUGCGUGUCUUGGGAUCCCUUUGUCAAUUGCAAAGGUGAUUUGGGCAGGAGGAGGAGGAGGAGGAGGGCUGAAGGCGCGGCGGGCCGGGGGGGCCACGUCGGACCGGCUGCCAUGGCUCUGAACGGCAGCUGCGGCGGGGGAGGCGACCCCCGGCCGCUGGAGGAGACCAAGCCCCUGCUGGCCGACCUGGAGGGGCCGAGGCCCGGGGCCGCGCCGUGCCGUCGAGGCGGCCACUGCACCGGCAUGAGGUACAAGCUGCUGCAGGAGGGCGACAUCCAGGUGUGCUCCGUCCGGCACCCGCGCACCUUCCUCAGCAAGAUCCUGACCUCCAAGUUCCUCAGGCGGUGGGAGCCUCACCAUCUCACCCUGGCGGACAACAGCCUGGCCUCGGCCACGCCGGCUGGGUAUAUGGAAAAUUCGAUUUCUUACAGCUCGAUCGAAGAUGUGCAGUUGCUGUCUUGGGAGAAUGCCCCUAAGUAUUGUUUACAGCUCACGAUCCCUGGGGGAACCGUCUUGCUCCAGGCUGCAAACAGUUACCUGAGGGACCAGUGGUUUCAUUCCUUACAGUGGAAGAAAAAGAUAUACAAGUAUAAGAAGGUGCUGAGCAACCCAAGCCGCUUGGAGGUUGUGCUGAAAGAGAUUCGAACGUUAGUGGACAUGGCGCUGACGUCCCCUUUGCAGGACGAAUCCAUCCAUCAAGCUCCUCUGGAGAUUGUCUCCAGGUUGCUCUCGGAAAAUACCAAUUUAACCACUCAAGAACAUGAAAACAUUAUUGUGGCAAUUGCUCCCUUGCUGGAAAAUAACCACCCACCUCCAGACUUAUGUGAAUUUUUUUGCAAGCACUGCAGAGAACGUCCUCGGUCCAUGGUGGUCAUAGAAGUCUUCACUCCGGUUGUGCAAAGAAUCCUCAAACACAACAUGGAUUUUGGAAAGUGCCCUCGGUUGAGGCUCUUCACUCAGGAGUAUAUUCUCGCCUUGAAUGAACUCAACGCUGGCAUGGAAGUGGUGAAGAAAUUUAUUCACAGCAUGCAUGGUCCUACCGGGCAGUGCCCCCACCCCAGGGUCCUGCCAAACCUCGUUGCUGUUUGCUUAGCAGCCAUUUAUUCUUGCUAUGAAGAAUUCAUCAACAGCCGGGACAACUCACCAAGCCUGAAAGAAAUUCGGAAUGGCUGCCAGCAGCCCUGUGACCGUAAGCCCAAUCUGCCCCUCCGUCUCCUCCACACGAGCCCCGACCUGGUGUCCCAAGAGGCCACCUUAACUGAGUCUCGUCUCAAGUCCGUCAUUGUCACCUCCAACGAGAUCCACGUGGAAGUCGAGCGCAACAACACGGCCAACCAGAAGAUGACAGCCAACGUCGGCAACGACAGCGAGCCUAACCUGAUCGACUGCUUGAUGGUCAGCCCCACCUGCAGCACCAUCAGCAUCGAGCUCAGCCCACAGGCAGAUCGUGUCCUCGGGUGCUACGUGGAGAUACUCAAGAUGCUGUCAAACUACGAUGACUGGAGACCUGCUCUCGCCAGUUUGCUUCAACCCAUCCCAUUCCCCAAAGAGGCUCUUGCACAUGAGAAAUUCACAAAAGAGCUGAAAUACGUCAUUCAAAGAUUUGCAGAAGAUCCAAGACAAGAAGUCCAUUCGUGUUUGCUGAGUGUUCGAGCUGGCAAGGACGGCUGGUUUCAGCUCUACAGCCCUGGUGGUGUGGCUUGCGACGAUGAUGGGGAGCUGUUUGCCAGCAUGGUCCAUAUUUUAAUGGGCUCUUGUUACAAGACGAAAAAGUUCCUGCUGUCUCUGGCAGAAAACAAACUAGGACCUUGCAUGCUGCUAGCUUUGAGAGGCAACCAGACAAUGGUGGAGAUUCUUUGCCUGAUGCUCGAAUACAACAUUAUCGAUAACAAAGACACACAGCUUCAGAUCAUAUCAACUCUAGAGAGCACCGACGUGGGGAAAAAAAUGUAUGAGCAGCUCUGUGACCGGCAGAGGGAGUUAAAAGAACUGCAAAGGAAAGGAGGACCUACCAGGUUAACACUGCCAUCCAAAUCCACAGACGCUGACCUCGCCCGGUUGUUAAGCUCGGGCUCCUUUGGAAACCUGGAGAACCUCAGCCUGGCCUUCACCAACGUCACGAGUGCCUGUGCCGAGCAUCUCAUCAAGCUGCCUUCACUCAAGCAGCUGAACCUGUGGUCGACUCAGUUUGGAGAUGCAGGUUUGCGGCUUCUUUCUGAACACCUCACUAUGCUGCAGGUUCUCAAUUUGUGUGAAACCCCCGUAACCGAUGCUGGUUUGUUAGCACUGAGCUCUAUGAAGAGCCUGUGCAGCUUAAAUAUGAACAGCACCAAACUUUCUGCUGACACCUAUGAGGAUCUCAAGGCUAAAUUGCCCAAUCUAAAGGAAGUGGAUGUGCGUUAUACAGAAGCGUGGUGAAAUCUCCCUCUUGCUGGGUCUUCAGUUUUCAACAAGAAGAUGGAGGAGGAGGGAGGGGAGAGAUUUUUGAGGAGGAAAAAAAGCAGAGAAAUAAAACUUUCAGCUUCUACCUAUAGAGAAGAGAGCAGUGAGUUCCGAGGACUUCAAUUUUAGGAGCUGUGUUUGUGAGGUAGCAAAGUGGCUCUUGCGUGGGGGGGGGGGGGGGGGGGGGGGGGGAACCAUGGCCAGUUCCUGUCUCUGAUUUUUUUUUCCGCUUCGUACUAUGAAAUUCAACAUAAUUUUAAUUGGGGGCAGGGCGACAGAAAAGCCGAGACACUGUAGCUGCAAGAAGAUUAGAAGAGAGUGGGAACGAAAAGAACCUAUGCGGAUUUUCAUUUGCCUUCUGUGUUUUUGGUCUGUUUGUUUAUUUUUAAUGCCACCUGGAAAGGAAAAAAAUGACAAGAAUAAACACAAUUUUUUUUCUUAGUUUCCGUGGAUGGACCUCACUGUUUAGGUGCUUUUCCACCUCUUUUCCAGCUUUUUAAAAAGUGAGGGGGGGUCAGAGACAUCAGGAGAAGAAACAGAACCGUGUAUGAUCUGCAUUUCUCAUUCUGUCCCUUGCAAUCAUUAUGCAAAGUAAUUUUGUUGUACAUAAGAUUUACAUAAUACACCUAUUUAAGAAAAUGGUUCACAAAUAACAGGUCUGGGACCUGUCUUUUAUUUAUGAAUUGUUAAUUCUCUUUAUCUUUUUUUUCAUUUUUGUUUUGCAUAUAGUACUGUAUAAAGUAGUUUGCCGUCUUAUUGUUUGUUUGUUUAAAGCAGAAAGCCCUCCUCAAGUGAUUUCCUUUUAGUAAUGCGAACUGUAUUACGUAGUCUCUGUCCCAGGUGCAUUUCUGAUUUACAGAGGCCUCGGGUUGGGGUGGGGGUGGGGAAUAUAAAUAUAAAUAUGUUUAUGUCUGUCUAGACAAAUGAGAAAAGAGGUGGGUAAGUUAGAUUUACAUUACAAAUUACCUGAAAUGCACACUUCCAAUCAUUCUUGAACUUUCUGGGGGUUAGGAAAUUAGAGGUGGAAAAGAUACCACCUUGGAGUUAGGUUUUUUUUAAAAAGUUAAAUGAAACUUUCUGUGAAUCAACCUUAUGUGUUAGAUUGCCCUAAAUGGGCCUUUUCAUCUUCUGUUUACGUCCAAUAUUUCAAAGGCAAAUUUGCUGCGUCGUGCAAGUUCUCUCCUUUCCUCCCCCCCCCCCCCUCUAUUUUUUUGCUCAUGUUCACAUAAAUUUGGCAUAUCCUUUUCGGAAGACCGAAUCACAACUUCUUUACUGAUGAGUCUCACUUAGGUUCAACUCGGAAAUAUGACCACUAACCCUUUCCUGAUCCUCUUCAAUCAUUGCUGUGCAAAACGAUGAAACUCUUUUUUUAUAUCAGUUUCUUUCAGUAAAUAUGCUUUUGGGUUUUAUUUUCCCUCACAAUAAGCAUUCUUUGAACGCAACAGCUUUUUAAAAAACAAAACAAAAAAUCAAAAUAAAGACUUUGUUUUGUGCUUUCUUCAAGUUCAGCAGAUGUUUUAUCCAGUUCUUUGACACCUCAGAGAUUUAACAUCCAAGCAAUGUAAUUUUUAUACAUAUAUAUAUAAAUAUAUAUAUAUAAAUAUAUAUAUUUAAUCGUAUACAAUGGGAAGCGAAGCUUUUGCCGGUUGACUUUUUUUAAAACAAAAAAAAAUGUGUCACUAGGUAGCUUAUUCACACUUUGGUCUCCUCUGUCUCUCGAUUCCCUUCUGUUUUUUUUUCCAACAGAAAAAAAGAACACGAUUGUUUCAAGUCUUAAUUCAUAAAGAGUGCCAGAUUAUUAUUAUUAUUUUGUUGUUGUUCAUUUGCUUUUCUGCCUUAUAUCCCAAGCUGUAUGAUAAAACUCAGUGAGGGAAGAAAAGAAAAAGGAAAAAAAGAGAAAAGAAAUAGAGAAACUAAUGCCAACAUUUUAUCCUUAGCACUGUUGCUUUUACUGAUGGUUUACUACUACUGUUCUGUAGCCGUGUACAAAGAGAUGUGAAAUAAUUUCAGGCGAGAAAAAAAAAUAAACUGUAAGUGAAUAUCUUUUA